CUCUGUAAGUAAUCCUGGCCUUCACUUACGGACGAGGAAGACUAGGGAUAGAAAAAGUCCAACAUGGCGGACUGUGGACAAAGAAACGGAAUUUAGAGUUUGCCAAAGGGAAAACUGUUUUCCUUUGCCAGGAUGGGGGUUUCUCGAGUAUUUCCAUUGGAGUUAUCCGAGGGAAAAAGCACCCAACAAGCAGUGGAAUUGCUUCAGAAAAGGGCCGAGCUUCUUGGUGCUACAAAGACUUGUAACUGGUGUGUUGACUGUGAAACUUAUCAAGCAACCUCCCUUCACACAUCUUCAAGCAAGGUACUGCACCUGGUACACAGUACCGAACACCCAUACUCAUCAUUUGUGGUGUUAGAGAGUGGUACUUGCCUUGUUGCACAGACAGGCUUUGAUUCUCUCAUGGUGCGCCUUAAGGCUUUUUAUACACAAAGAAAAGCUGCCAAGAUUGAGGUGAAAGGACCAAGUUAUGAAUAUGGAGAUUUCAUCUUGAAGAUUGGGCAGAUCUCGCUUGGCCCAAGUGUCAAAGGGGUAUUGAUUGAGGUGGAGUACCUGCCUUGUGAGGAUGUGGAGCAGUGCUGGGGGUUGAUCAGUGAGUUCAUAGCAAGCUUCCUGGGCACUGCCUUUACUCUACCAUCCAUGCCUAAAACAUCCAACAAAGAGACUGGCCUGUUUACAGUUACUGAUAACAUAUUGCAGUAUAUAGAUGUGUUCAAAGUUACAGGAGGUUAUCGGAAAUCACAGAGCUGAUUGUUGUGACAGUGGCUUGAUUGACAGAAAUUGGUGCGAUCAAAGUGUUCAUACCCACAAAAGUUUUGAUGUGUGCUGCGUUCAUAGUCAUCCUUGUAAAGUCCUUGUGGUAAAUCUACAGACUUGUUUUCUUAUUUAUAAUAUACAUGCCAAAAUUACUCUAUUCAGAAUGGCCGAGAGCAGUAUAGUUUUGGAAUGGACUAAGAAGUGGACUCUUUCCGAUAUAUUUUAACCGUUUUCGUCCAAACCCCUACCAUUUUUUAGACAAAUUAUGCGGCCGUUUUCUAUCAAAUUUUGCCUUGUAUAUUAUAAAAACGUAAUCAUACGAUUCCUCGUUCGAUUUGAAAAUAAUUUCAAGUCAUGAGUUAUACAAUAGUUCAAAUAAUGUACAUUUAUAUAAGUUACAUAUAAAUUAGCAUUUAAAUAAAAACAAUUAAUCCCU